AUGGAGUGGUUUUGUCGGUACUUGGAUGCUGGAGAAGGGUGGCUUAUUGGGUUGGUGGAGUGGUUUUGUCGGUGCUUAGAUGCUGCUUUUACUGGCAAUGCCUUGGAGGGGGCUGGUUUCAUUGGUGCUUGGGUUUUGCUAGUAGUAUGCAGACAGUGGGUUUCACUGGGUUCUGGUUCGCUAGGUUUUGGUUUUCCCAAGGUCGCUGGGUUGGCCGGCGGAUACCUUCCGCCAGGAACCACAGGAUGGCCGAUCAUCGGAGAAACCCUCGAAUUCUCCUCGACGGGCAAAAUGGGUACUCCUGAGAAGUUUGUAAACGAAAGAAUGAAGAAAUACUCAUCGGAAAUAUUCAAGACAUCCCUGAUAGGAGAAAGAAUGGCAGUGCUUUGUGGAGCUGCAGGGAACAAGUUCUUGUUCUCCAACGAGAACAAGCACGUUGUCUCAUGGUGGCCACAGACCCAUGAAAAGAUUAUGCUCUUUAAACAAGCUUCCACAAUAGGAGAGAGCAAGAAAGUUCGUGGAUAUCUACCGGAGUUUCUCCGGCCGGAAAAUUUGAGAAAGUACGUGGAGAUUAUGGACUGCUUGGCGAGGCAGCAAAUAGUAACUGAGUGGACACCAGGGAGAGAAGUGAAGGCUUUGCCUCUGGCGAGAAAACACACUUUUGCGCUGGCAUGUCAGCUUUUUAUGAGCAUCGACGAUCCCGAGCAGAUAGCCCGGCUAGCCAAUUCUUUCGCUCGAGUCUCAGCCGGGCUAUUGGCCGUGCCCAUUGAUUUUCCAGGCACGAUUUUCAAUCGUGCCAUCAAGGCGGCCAACAUGAUUAGGUACGAGCUUUUGCCAAUCAUAAAGAAGAGGAGAGAUCUAAUGGCAGAGAACAAAGAGAUGGAAACUCGAGACCUGUUGCGCCACUUGAUCCUUUCGACGGAUCAAGAUGGCAGGUUUAUGACGGAGAUGGAAAUUGCUGAUAAGAUUUUGCAUUUACUUGUUGCGAGCCAUGACACCACGAGCACUGUGAUCACCUUUGUUGUGUUCUAUCUUGCAGAUUAUCCCCAUGUCUACAAAGAAGUCUUGAAGGGCCAUUCUUUUGAAUUUAGAAGCUUUCGUUCUUCUUCUUACAUUGGUUUCCCUUGGACAACAGAACAAAUGGAAAUCUUAAAGUCCAAAGGUCCAGAAAAAGUGUUGAGUUUUGAGGACAUCCAAAAGAUGAGGUAUUCGCGAAAUGUUGUCAAUGAAGUACUGAGGCUAUCGCCACCUGCUCCGGGAGCCUUUAAACAUGUCAUAAGAGACUUCACUUACGAAGGCUUUACCAUUCCAACAGGAUGGAAGGCACAUUGGAGCGUGUUUUCGACACACCAAAAUCCAAAAUACUUCCCAAAUCCAAAGAAGUUCGACCCUGCGAGGUUUGAAGGAAGUGGACCUAUGCCAUUCAGUUUUGUGCCGUUUGGUGGAGGUCCUCGUAUGUGCCCUGGGGCUGAGUUUGCACGCCUGGUAAUACUAAGCUUCAUACACAACUUGGUCACUAGAUUCAAGUGGGAGAAAUUGAUUCCAGAUGAAAAGGUCAAAUUUGAUCCAUCACCCAUUCCAGUGAAUGGAUUACCAAUACGGCUCGUGCCUCAUAAAUGUUAA